CGAUGGUGAGCUCCUCCACACCGCCAGGCCAAUCAAAACGCGAGCACAUACACCGCCCGACCAAUCAAAACGCUGACACAAACAUACAAACAUUCACUUUUAUUAUAUAUAUAGAUAGAUGGAUCUCAAUUUAAUUGUCAUGGCUUUAUCUUAUGGAAUCCUGGAUUUGUAACUUUGAUGAGAGUCAGAGGGUGCACAAUACUGUAGAAUUAAUGUAAUUUGAUACCACUUUAACUACAGUGUCUCAAUGCUGGAUCCUGGAGUUUGUUGUUCGAUGAGCCUUCUCUGCCAAAUAAUUAAAUUAUAACACUCAUGAUUCCAUAGCAUUCAGCUAUGACAGAUAAACUAAUGUCAAAGUGCAUUUAUUCCACAGUGUAUAUGCAACUUUAGACAUCUCUGUUGUAGGGUUAUAGUUCACUCCCGAAACUACCACUUUCCCUGCACUGCAGCCCAUGCCACCCUAAGAUUUCCAUGUGACACACGGUUUUCGUAGGAAGAAGCUAAUAUACAUUUGUAGAAUAUGCAAAUACAGGCAGUUCUGAAGUUACAAUGAGUUAAGUUUCUACUUAAGUUGAAUUCGUAUGUAAGUCAAAACAUAUACAUUUUAAAGUUUAACUCCAAAUAUCUAUCUAUCUAUCUAUCUAUCUAUCUAUCUAUCUAUCUAUCUAUCUAUCUAUCUAUCUAUCUUUGGGUAGCAUAGGGAAGAGUUAACACCCGUGUGGUGUUUGUUUUGCUGUCUGUGCCCCUGUUCAGAAGAUUUCACCUAACUUGCUGCCCCUGUGAUAAUUGGAUUUUGGAAAAUUUGGCUUUUCGUGGAAACAAGGAUCGGUGAUAAAGCUUCAGUGGAGACCCCUUUUCCCCAUGAUAACUCUUUCAGGAGUAAAUUUCCCUUGCAAGGGGUCAAUUUCUCUCAUUUCCUUUUGUCUCACCCUUGUUCUUAAAUAUGAAUUGUUUGCAAGUCAGAUGUUUGUAACUUGGGGGUGUCCUGUAUGUUCUAGUUAAUGUAUUGUGUACUUUCUUAGAGCCCAUGUUUGAUUUUGUUCCCACCCACCCCUUUUUUUUUCUUUUUUUUUUUAGAUCCGCUGAUCCUGUUAUAAAGAAAGAAAUACAACAGAGGUUUAGGUAUUAAGAAUAUCUCCCAUGUCAGCUAAAACACUGCAUUUCAUUUAACCCACGCAUAUCUAGUUUUCCCAUUCUGCUAUUUUGGUUUAAUUUUGUCUACAGAUUUAAAAUUUGCUUUUGGGGGUUCAUUCAGUGCAUUGUAACAGAGAAAAUAAAUGACUGAAUGAAACUUGUCAGUCAAUAAAAACAGAUGAUUCUAGAGGUAUUUGAGAAAAGGGCAAUAUGAUAAGAUGACAUUAUAAGUAGCUUCCCACUUAGCAGCUAGAUAAAUUUAAAUUUAAUUAAAAGCUGAAGUCGAAUCUGAAAAGGAUUUGAUGGGAAGUAUGAGAGUGACACAUGUAAAUAAAUGUGAAGAAACCUGUAGUAAGUUGUGUCUCAAGAACAUCCAAUGAGUGUCAUUAAUAUUGUUAUUGACUAAGUAGAUCAUAGGUUGGAAAAAUUUAUGAAUUCAUGAUUUGUGUGUGUGUGUGUGUGUGUGUGUGUGUGUAUGGUAUAUCCUGCCUUUCUCCCAAUUGUUAAGUAGCUAACAAUAAACAAAUAUAUAUUCUACCUUUUAAUAAAAUCAUAUAAGAACAAUAAUAUGCACUGAAUUCCAAUAGAUAUUACACAAACUCUUUGAUCCUGCUGAAUACAUGCAAUUUUUUCCAUUCUGGCCUGCUUUCCAUCUUUGACCUUGGAAAAAUUGUACUUACUCAUACCUCACAACCCUCUCAAUUUCUCUGCUGUCAAAAAUCUGCCAAAGGCAUUAUUUUCGCCACAAUGAAGGGCAUUUGAGAGCAAUCUUCUAUAGGAAGGAGCUAUUGUGUAACUUACCAAGGUCCCUUCUCAGCCUGUUUCUUCAGCCCCUCUUUAACCGUGCAUCAGGACGUGGAGUGAAUGGGUAUGACCCACUCAACAGCUUUUGUUUGUUCCAGAGGCAUUGCCUGACUGGCACAAACGGUUUUAUGUAGGUGUAUAUCAUCACAGGAAAGAAGCUUCGGAAUUUGGAAAAGUUAUCUUUUGGAAAAUAGUUCCCAAAGCCCCUUAACCAACAGAAAAAGUUUUCAGAGAAGUGUGCAUGCCAUUUGGACGUGAAGUCUAUGCAUAUGUGUGUGCAUAUUGAGAAGCCAUAAUGGAAGGCUUAAUGUUCCAAUAUGCAUUUUCAGAGUAGUAGAAACUUAAAACCAAUGCUUACAUACAAAAUAUAUGUUUUCCCCUUUUCACCAUACAGAUUUUGGAAAACAAAUGUAGACAAGUUUGAAGUAAAACCUAAGGCUUUCUCAGUGAAUAUUUAUGCAGUGUCUAAGACAGCAUGGUGUAGUGGUUUGAGAGUUGGACAAUGACUCUGGAGAGUUAGGCUCAGUCUCUGAAAGCUUAUGCUACCAGUUUUGUUCUUUAAGUUAGUCUCUAAGGGUUAGAGAAGUUAGUUAGUCUCUUGUAGCUCUUGUCACCUAUUGUCAUAGUGCAAUUUCCAUGUUUUUACUCCAUAGGUAGAAGAAAAAAUUAGCUGUUGGUUCUUCCUCACAUUGUGUGACAGGUCAGGAGCUACGUUUAAGUAUUAGAACAACGUCUCUGCACACAAAAGGUCCUAGGCUCAGUCCCUGGCAUUUCUAGUUAUGGGAAUCAGGCAGUAGGUAAUGAGAACUUCAGAGUGCCUCCUUUGUUCCCAUGGCACUAUGGUUAUCGUUCACUAUUUUUCAUCUUGAAAUUCACAAUUGCCAUUUAGCUUUUCUCAAAUUUCUCAUGCUCUGCAUUUAAGAGCAGUUUAUGGAACUCAUGAAAUUAUAUUUGAAAAGUAAUAAUGGUUGAAGGAGAAGCAGCAAGGGAAUUUCUCAAUAGUAAGAUUUAAAGGGGGAUGAUUGCUUUUUCAGAUAUGCUCAGAUCUUUCUGCUGAUGCUUUUUGUGAGUCCUCUACAUUUGUCUGUAUAGCAUUGGAAGAAAGUAGGCUAUGCUUGAAUCGGGGGCUAGAGGUGGCAUAUGUGAUCAUGAGAACACACUGAAUUGCUCUUCUUUCUUGUGACAUAGAAACUUACCUAUCCCUAUUUUUUCUAUGUUAUUUCUUCCGCCCGUACCAAACCUUUUUUUAGAGAGUACAAAGAAGAGUACUUUGAAGAGAUGUGAAGAGAUGUAGAUUUAGGAAUACAUAGAUAAUGAGAGAAAAAUAUUUAGGACUGAAAGUAGGGAGGGGAUGGAAGCAUUAUUCACUCUCCCCCCUCCCCCCCGGCGGUUUGUUUUUCUGUUUAUACAUGCUCAAUAAUUGAUUCUUUGCCUGGCAUCUACUUUCUACCUUGCCUAUUGUAAAUGGACUCACACAAUGACAGUAGGAUUGGGUAGGCUGAAAGCCCAUUCUUUCUCAGCUCGAACAUUAUUGCGUUGUUUAUGGUAGACUCACAGCUGCAAACUGAUAGCAAAAAAUCUGUAUCUGUAGCCCUCCUUCAUAUCCUCUCUGUUCCACCACCGCUAAAAACACAUUCCAGCUAUAGAAGAAAAGGUAUAGAUAUAAGAAAAACUUGGUAAAAAGGGGCUUCCUUAUCAGAGGCUUUUUGAGUGUGUCACCUGCCUACCUACCAACAUACCUAUCUAAUAAAAAUCGAAACCAAACUUGGCCAACAUGGCCAACUUUGAAUACUGGUGGAGUUUGGGGGAAAUUGAUCCAUGAUUCUGGGAGUUGCGCUUCACCUAGAUCCUUAUGCAUUUUCUAAUGGGAGCAUUCAUAAAAACAAAAGCAAACAAUGACUAUAGUAUUUGUUAUAAAUAGCAUUACAAAAGACCUUACCAGGGCAUCUCCGGAUGUAUAAAAUCAGUAUGCACAUAUAUAUGUCUGCCUGUUGGUUGGUUUGUUUGUAUCACAAAGACUUCUUCAAGGCUUGAUGGACCGGGACCAAAUGUGGUAAACGUACCUCUCAUUAUCCAAUUUAAAAUAAUGUAGGGGUUUGAACUAAAAUAGCCACCACUUCAGGCAUAGAGCAGAGAGGAAAAACAAAGAUCGAAGUCUAUCAGCUGUGGCUAGGUGAAGGAUUGGCUAUUGCUACUUGAAGAGGUCUUCUGUGAUCUAACUGGCAAAGAAGGAGUUAAAUGGCUUGGCUGCGUGUCUAUGAGGGGAAAAUGGGAAGAGGACAGACCAGAAGGAAGGAAGGAAAGAAAUAAAAACAAGGGAAAAAAGGAGGAUGCAUGGAAGAGAGGGAGGGGUGAAGAAAGAAAAAGGAGGGAAGAAAGGAAGAGAAAGAAAAGGGUAAAGGCAUGAAGGGAAUAAAUAAAGGAAAGGAAGAGAAAGGAAGGGAAGGAAGAAGAGAAUGAAUUAAGGGAGGGAAAUUCAAAAAAGAAAGGAAGAGGAAAGAAGGAAGGAAGAAGAGUAGGAAAGUGUAUGCUGGAAAGCAAGGGAAGAAGUAAAGAAAGAAAAAAGAGAGAAAUAAGGUGUAUGAGGGAAAUGGAGGAAGGAAAGAAAGAGCCACAAAGAGAUCCUGCAUUGACAGUGUUGUCAUAAAGACAUUGUGAAUAAGCCUCUCAGAGCUGGAGAAGGGAGAAAGUAGAUGGGCAGCAAUCUCAAUGAACCCUGGGCAAUGCCAGGCAUAUAUCUAGUACUGUAUAAACCACACCACAGCUCAGCCCACCAAUCCAAGUUGGUUUCUAAAAGCCUGACAACAUAAGAAUGUUUGGACUUAAUGGUGGAUAGAGAGCAGGGAGGGGGUCGUAAUAGUUUAUCUAAGGAGGGAGCCCCAAAUUCUGGAAACAGCCAACUUGUAAUAGUGGUAGGACAGAGCUUGGACUUUUCCUGAUGAUCAGAGUUCUAUUAGGAUUAUAAAGGGAGAUUUGGCCCUCAAUAAAGGCAUAUAGAGCCAAGAUGUCCAUUGGCUGGAGCCUGGUGCCAAUACACAACAUUUAGAAUGGCAGAAUCUAAAGUCCUGUUGUGAUUUGAAUACUGGGAUUUAAGAGAACACAUAAUCCUUCCAUACAAAAAACUCCUAUUAGCCCAGUUCAGAAGUAUAAUUUAGGGUGUUGGUGUUUUUAUUGUUAAACACCUGGGAAUCAGAAGUCAUUGCCGCUCUACUGAAAGAGAGCUAUUUCUCCCAAUUUAGCUUCUGCCCAUCCCUGCUCAUAGCAUUUCAAAUACAAUGUGGAUAAUAACACAACAUUCUUACUUGUUUUUACUCAUCAAACUUUAAUUCUGAAAGACGUGUUGAAUGUAGUGGCGUAGUCUUUGAAAACAUUAUUAAGGCUGGAAUAACUUGAGCCAGAUAUUUCUUGAGUGUCAGUAGUUGAGAGAGAAUCGUUCGUGAAGGGGAAUGUCAGUUUUACCAAGGCAUCUCCGGAAUUGAAUAUGGGCCAGGUCUUGCCAUUUGUUCAGAUUCCUGGCUUUGAACUUACGUGUUGAUUUCUUUCCUCUUCCAAAACGAGGAAGUGGGUGAAAUCUGUAAUCCCGACAAAUGAUUACUUUCAUUGUAUAGGACAUGUCAUUUGGUUUUGGAAUCUUUACUGUUCUGAACAUUUCAUCAUCCCAACUUUGCCUUGAUCUUGGGUCACUGAUUUUUUCAGAUCUAGAACUUUGUAGCUUCUGGAUGCCUUUUCUCAAUUCUUCUACAUCAAGUUGUAACUUCUCUAAAUAGCAUCCUACAUUUAAAGAAGCAUGAUAUGGCUGGCUAAAUCCAUGGCAGCUGUGCUGAUGCAGAUCUUCUCCAAGCUUGUCUUCUUGCUGGAAAAAGCAAUAUUUUUUCUGGUUGCACACAUCUGCAUUAUUUGACAAAUUGGCAGAAUGAAUCCUUUCCAGUCUUGUGAUUUCAGACUUGACAACAUUCCAGGGAUUUAAAGUCUUCUGUGGUACCAAUUGGAACUCUCGACCAUAACUUGUCAUUCCCUUUUGCUUGAUCAUUUUUCUUGUCCACUUUAAAUGGUAUUUUGUGCAGCAUGAGAACUAAACCAAUUCCAGGAAUGCCAGAAUAAACCUAAGCAUAUUUGUUAAAUUUCUCUCAUAUCUGAGCUGUUGUUUCCUAGGUCAUUUAUAUGCCCAAGAUGAACGACAUCACAAAUGGUAGCUUGCUUAACCAUAGUAACACAGUUCCACGGCAACAAAGUGACAAGCAGAAUUUCCUUUCUUAGCAAAAUUCAGGAAGCUAUAUACUGAAUAUUCAAUUUGGAGUUUAAUUGGGGAGGAUGAGGGGAGAAAAGCCAUAUUUAAAUAUACAAAUAAGUUACAGUACUUACAUUGACCCAAUCAAUUUUUCCACCAAAACUUUCUAGAUUUAUGCAUGAACAUAUACAAUAGUUAGCAGUUUCUUCUUAGUGAUUUCAUAUUCAUAUUGAAAGUAAGGCAUAGUUCUGCUGGUAAGGAAUUUUCCAGAAUCAGGACAUCUGUAUUUGACCCAAACCAGAGAUCACAAAGGAAUGCAUUAAUUUUCACAUCCUCAAAUGUCUUUAUUUGGCUAAUGAGUAAAUAAAGAACGGGGAGGGAGUUGAUGUUGGAGUUACAAGGUCUGCAUUUAGUCACCUUAUUAAGAUCUAAUAUGGGAGGAGGUUGCAGACAUUCUAAUUAAACUCUUGAUCAAUGUGUAAUGAAUUCUAGUUAUAUCCGGAACUGUAUCCUGUACUGCUGAGUUGUAGAAAAAAACAGUGUUUGAUUAUUCUCAUCUCUUCACCCUACCAAAUUGUGUUUUAAAAGUAGAGAUCAUUAUCGCCUUCCUCCUCCUAACACCCUUAGGGACAUUUCUAGGUGUAACUAGGGAAACAUCAAAGCACCUACUAUUUAUUUAUUAAAACAUUUUUAUUUUGAACAGUAUCAAAAAGAUCUCAGGGCAGCCAAUAGGCAACAUCAACAUGAGAGAUGAUGGACCUGGAAAAGAAAAUCAAAAUUUUCUCCCCAGAUGCCACCAAACAUGUGGGUUUUUUGGUCAUGUUUUUGCUUUCAUCAUGCAAUUUCAGGCUUUUUUUUUUACAAUAGGGAAGUGGGCUGGAAAUCACUUUCUGUUGCAAAAAUGCUCUCUUGGACCCAAAAUAAGUUGGAAAGAUCCAAAGAUAUGAUAAAAAACCUUUCAUGUGUCUUCUGAUGGUUGUUCAGGAGCAUUUGGGAGUAAUUUUUGGUCGAAAAUAGGUCUCUACAGUCACCUAUGGACCCAACCCCAAGACCCUACACUUAGCAAUCAUACUCAGACACGAGAAAUCACCGAUGGUGAUGAUGACAUCUUACUUAAACCAGUAAUAGUGACAAUUGACACUGAUGACUUUCCUUUCAGUGAGGUGAUGAAUCUACUCAAGGUUUAUUCUGAAAGAACUAUCGUGCUUUAGGAGUAUGGUUAGACAUCUUUGGUGACCCUUUACAAAUGAGAUUAAUCGCUAAAAGUGACCCACCACCCUCUUAACAUGCCACUGGGUAGCAAAUACUUCUAAAAUGUGGGGAAGGCAGAAACAAGACACAAUACAAGAUUUUAGUUUCUUUCAUUCACUUUUGGAACUUGGUAGGGAACAAAGAACAUUUACUUGAUAGGUUAAAGAAAAGAUGUGAACGUUUUCGAAAGUCAUAUAUUUGAUCUCACAUGAAAAACUACUGGUACAUUUUGAUCUCGUAUAGUUGAUCUCAUAGGAAAAAAAACCUUAAAGCUGAUCUGGAUGAGGUCCCACUGUUUCAAUAUCAUUCUGUGACAUUGCCAUAUAUUUUCACAGAGAGAUCUUAGGAGAUUUGAAUACCUGGCAGGGAUAAAUAACAUUGGUUCUAAAGAUUUAAUUUCUAAAAAUCGAUAGAUGCUUACUGUUGGAGACAUUAAAGAAUAAGAUAACCUACAGCCUGGGGGUUUUGCAUCAUUGCAAGAUUGAUAGGGUUUGUGUGCAUAGCAUGAGACAUCUAGAAGAAGAGCAGAUUUUGGAAGAACUGGAUCAUGGUACACUGUAUAACAAUCAUGCCCCAGUUUGAUGAAUUUGUACCACCUUAGGCAGGUGCUUGCACCUGUGGGGAGAGCUAGAAAGUCUCGAUCAGCUGGCAGCAGCCAAUGGAAGCAUCUCAGCAGGGUCUUCCCUUGAGUGACAUUUUGGGGUUUCAUUAGAUCAUUUGCCCAUGAUUCAUACAGUUUGAUAUAGUCAAGUGAUUCAAGCGAUUCCUAAAAUUAAGUUCUUUAGAUGCUUUGAAAUUCAAUUCCCAGACGUCUCAGCUGCCUUGAGCAAUGAUCAGGGACUCUGGGAGCUGCAGUCCAAAAUACCUAGAGCAAUGGUUCUCAACCUGUGGGUCCCCAGAUGUUUUGGCUUCAACUCCCAGAAAUCCUAACCGCUGGUAAACUGGCUGGGAUUUCUGGGAGUUGUAGGCCAAAACACCUGGGGACCCACAGGUUGAGAACCACGGACCUAGAGGAUUGGGAAUGAUUGAUACAGUCAAAUGCAUCAAACCAAUGUAAUGCUUUCAGGAUUCUCAUUGGAGUGAGAUCAGGAACAGGGCAGUAAUGGCUGGAGCUUCUUAGUUAGUGGGUUGAACCAGUUGUGUCCCAAAAUGGGAAGGAGCUGUGAAACGUGCUGCAUGACAUACUUAAAGUAGAUUCUUUAAAGUUAGCCUUCAAUUUAUAGAAUGGAUUCAAUACCAGACCAACAUGAGAAUAAGUUGCUGUUGGGAACAACUCUCCAGUUUGUGCAUUUCCUCUUAUAAAUUAUUUCCUAUCAUCUCAAUGGUAUGCAUGUGUUUUCAAAUCACCUGUUGACUUAUGGCGACCCCCCUAAUUUCAUAGUGUUUUCUUAGGUGAGGAAAUUCAGGGGUGGUUUUGCCAGUUCCUUCCUCUGAAAUAUAAUGUACAACAAUGGGUAUUCAUUGGUGAUAUAACAUCCAAAUGCUUCCAAUAACUUGGGUCCAAUAGCUUCCAAGAUCAGACAGGAUCUGUUAUCUUUAGAGUAUUCAUGUAUGUAACAAACUAUCUAGAAUUAUUUCCUUUUGUUUGAAUGUUUCCCUGAUCCUGAAAAGCAUUGUUCUAAACUAAUGUAAUCCUGAGCAUCCUAAGAGUAAAAUUGCUGGAAAAGUCCACACACGCUUUCACAAGAUUUCUUCACAAUAUAGAACAUAAUAGAAUAUAGUAGUUUUAUUGUCAUUGUACUAUUGUACAAUGAAAUUAAAUGCCUUCUCCAGCAUACAUUACAAAAACACAUCCAUCCCUCCACACCCCAACCACCACCGUAUAGUCCCCAAUGCCACAUCAGUGGGAAACCAUGGAGUUCAACAUAGCCACAGAUCUAGCAUAAAAGUUAUCACUCAGUCUGUUUGUCCUUGUCUUUGUCACUCUGUACUGUCUGCCAGAUGGCAACAAUUAAACAAAAAAGAAGAUUCUGGGUGAGAUGAAUUCUCUGAGCUUUCUUAAGGCCAUGGGACCUUUAAAGUUCUUCCAAAGAGGGGAGAGGGCAACCAAUGAUUCGCUGUACAGAAGUGGUGACCCUUUGGAGUGCCUUCCUAUCUGCCACUGUGCAGUUACCAAACCGUGUGCAGAUGCAGUAGGUUAGGACACUCUCUAUAGCACAGUGGUAGGAAGUCCAGCAGUGUUUCAUGCUGUUGUUGGUAGAACCAACAAUGGAAGUACUCUUUGUAUUUCACCAGCCCAGCUAUUUGUAAUUUAUUUUACCUGUGUCUUGGGAAGGGGCCACAACUAAUGAUAGUUAGCUGAAGGAAUUCCUUUUAUGUUAUUCUUACUGUAGAGACUUUAAAGUAGUUCAGAAUAGGGGACCAGGCUCACACACAAUUCAUAGUCAGGCAUACUAGAUAUUCAAGUCUGGUAAAUGGUUUUGAUUAAUCCAUCGUACCUUAAAUCUUUUCACCAACAGUUUACUUAAUAUUAUAUUUAUUUGGUCCUUUGAGUUUUUUGUUAGCUGUUAAACAUAAAGAUAUAGCAGCUUUUAAGAUCAUGAACUUAGACAAAUCAUUUCUGAAAACUCUCCAAAAAUAUGUCAUAGAAGCACUCAGGUACACAUAGCCCAAAAUAUGUUAACUGCAAAGACAUACGCAAGUGUGUUUAAUUUGAGAUAGCAAGGGUGGUGAGCCUGAAAUUAUACCUUAUUACAUAAGUAUGAGUCUAGGUAUCAAAUUAAACACUAUAUAGAAGAUGUGAGUUGAUGUCAUUCUGAUCUAAAUCCUGAACACAAUUAAUACUCAUGUUAAUAACUUUAGCUACCUCUUGUUAACUGCUGUCAAGUCUACUUUCCUUUAUCGUGACUCUAUGAGUGAGAGAUCUCCAAAUCACUUUGCUGAGGGCUUGCAAACUCAAGGAUGUGGCUUCCUUGAUUGAAUCUAUCCAUCUGGAAUGUGGUUUGUUUUUUUUUACCACUUUGUACUUUGCCAAGCCUUAUUGUCCUUUCUUGUAAAUCAUGCCUUCUCAUGAUAUGCUCAAAAUAUGAUAGUCUGAACUUAGUCAUCUUGGAUGAGUUCAGGCUUGAUUUGCCCCAAGACCUGUUUAUUUACUUUUUGGGAGGUUACAGUAUCUGCAGAACUCCCCCGUAGCACCACAUUUCAAAUGAGAUUUUUCCACUGUCCACUUUUACAACCAUAGAUAAAAAAUGUGAAUACCGUGCCAUGGGCAAUCCUGACUUUGCUACUUGAUUAUGUGUGUUUAUGGAGCUCCCGGUGGCACAGUGGGUUAAACUGUUGUGCUGGCAGGACUGAUGACUUGAAGGUUGGGUUGCUGACCUGAAGGUUGCUGGUUUGAAUCCAACCCGGGGAGAGCAUGGAUGAGCUCCCUCUAUCAGCUCCAGCUCCAUGCGGGGAUGUGAGAGAAGCCUCCCAUAAGGAUGGUAAAACAUCAAAACAUCUGGGCAUCCCCUCGGCAACGUUCUUGCAGAUGGCCAAUUCUCUCUCACCAGAAGCUUCUCGUCACUCCUGACACAAAAAAAUGUGUGUUUAUACUUGAAGUUCUUGCUUUGUUCCUUCUUAGCUGCCCUUCCAAGUCCUAGUCUUCAGAUUUCUUGAUUUUGACUGAUGAUUGAGCCAAGGUAUAGGAAAUCUUUAAUGACCUCAAUGUCCUCAUUGUCUGCUUUAAAGUUAUGUAAAUCACCUGUGGUCAUUUUUUUUUGUUUUCUUAAUAUUCAGCUGCAACCCUGUUUUUGUUACCUUACACAAGGUUAACUCAUAACGACACAUAGUAUUGCUGAUCAAGAAUUGUGUGCAGAGACCUACACUUAUUGAAGUGCUAUACAUGCAUAUGUUAUGGGUCCAAGCUGAUCUAAGAGUCUGUUUAAUUGUGCAAUCACUUUAACAUAGCAGGGUUUCUGUUAAGAUAGUUUGGUAGGAAAUGUAGCUGGGAGUAAUUCAAACAUCCAAAAUAAAUUGUGAACACAUUCAAUAGUAAAGUCAGAGCGAUUAGCUUUGAGAUUUUUCUACUUUGUACUAAUGACUGAGAUAUGAAGUCUAAAUGAUAAUCUGCAAAGAAUCUGAUGUGCAAAUAGUGUAAUACUUUAUGUUCAAACUAUAAGUGCAGAAAACCCAUUUUUGUUUUAAAAAGGAACUGAAUGUCAGCAAAGAUAUUCAGAGAGGAAUUGUCUUAUUUUACCGAUGAGAACACUUAUCAAAUCUAGUUGAUUGAAAUUUUUAAUAUGAGAUGAAGAAAACGUGCCCCUGAUUAGAAUCUUAAAUAAAUAGGAUAGGCUUCCCCUGACUAUAGAUAUGUGACACAAGACGUUUUAGACAGUGUGUCAGAUCUGACAUUUAAGAUUCAUUAAAGUAAGAGGAUAUUGAGCAUGAGAAGAAUACUUGAAUCUGCAAAUAGUGAGAUUUCUUGUUCCACAUAAAUAACCAUUACAGAAACUUUAGUGUGACAAUAACUAAGUCCAUAUUACAGCUAUUAAGAAGGGUGGUAAUUGCUCAAAGCUUCCUAUUGGACUUAAGUUCAAGCAUCUGACAAAAGAGGUGCUAAGAAUUUCAGUUAGGGAAUCGGAGUUUGUGAAGUAUGAAUCCAGUGCUAUUUAUAGAAGGUUUUCAUUUAGUAAGCCUUGCUUAUCUCCAGGUUUCCCCUACUUUGCUUCAAGCCUGCUAUCAGAUGGCUGCUUCUCCAGCUAUCUACCUGCCCUAUAACCCCAAAUGCUUUCCUAUCAAUGCCUUGACAUACUUUUGGAGCCGACAUGCUGAAAUGGAAAUGACGUGUAAAGCUGUACAAUUCUACAUUUAAGCUUGAUUAAAUGGUAACCAAGGUCUAGCAAAGGAGGGGACAAAAUUAGAGCAUAGUUCUUUCAGUAAAAAUUUUGCUCUUGCCAUGAAAUGUUUGUUCAGUCCCAAAAUUUCUAGCACUGCAAUGACAUAAAACAGUAGUUGAAAGCAUUGAGAAAUAGCAUUUCAGCAUCCAAAGAAAAGACACGGGAUGUGAAAAUGGGACUGUGAACAUAGCAAAUACAACAGGGAACCAUUCAGCCUUAGAGGGUGGCGCAUUGGGUUAAAUCCUUGUGCCGGCAGGACUGUUGACCAAAAGGUCGGCAGUUCCAAUCUGGAGAAUGGGGUGAGCUCCCAUCUUUCAGCUCCAGCUUCCCAUGUGGGGACAAGAGAGAAGCCUCCCACAAUAUGGUAAAACAUCCGGACACCCCUGGGCAUCAUCUUUGAGGUUUCUCAAGUUGCUCCUGACACGAAAAAAGGGAAACAUUUUGACUGUGUCACUUUGCUGCAUGCCUAAUGGUAACGUUUCAUUUUACUUGGUACUGAAUACAUUUUUCUCCCCAUGUUGUUCAGUCUCUCUCCCACCCCCCACUUUUCAAAUCCAGAUUUUACCCCACUGUAACAUAUACAGAAACUGAAGAAUAUUCAAGCUCCAAGGAUGUGCAUGGGGGAAAGUGGCUUUUGCUCUUUGUAGAUUAUUUUCAACUUUUUAUUUCUGAAGACAGCACUUUUGAACUCCUUUAUUUUUCCAGGCUGCUGUUUUGUUGUUUAUUCAUUCAGUCGCUUCCGAUUCUUUGUGACCUCAUGGACCAGCCCACGCUAGAGCUCCUUGUCGGCUGCAGCCACCCCUAGAUCCUUCAAACAUUAUCUUGGUCUACCUUACACUUCCAUUCCCUCCCUGCUAUCCCCGUUGCCUUCUAGCCAUUCAUGAAGCUUCAUGGAUUCCACAAAGUCCCCCUUCCACAACUUCAGUGACUCUUCAGGAGUCUGUAGUCCUUGAAUCUAUAUUCUCCAAAUACAGACAGGACUGACUUUCUUAUAUUCCCCAUCUGAUCAGAAGGCAAGCCAGAACCUUCCUUCAAGUCUUCUACAACGGAUUAAACACAAUACAUUAAUAAAGAAGUCCCGGUUCCAUUUUCUAAGGAAGAAAAACACUAACAUGUCAUUACUGUUUGUGGAUAGAAGGCUAAUCUAAUCUUUGUGUUCUUUUUUACAAUUUCUGGCAGCUGCCCCCAUUUCUCAAUCUCGCUUCAGGGUCACCCGAUCCAUGAAAAACCCAUGCAGUUUUAUCCUCCCCAGCUCUCUUUUCUUCCUCUUUUGUUGGCCUAGGCCUUUAGGCGAUACUCCAUAUGUGUUAUAAUCUUCACACGCAGGACUGCUAAUUAAUUGGGGAAAGUUAGUUUUGGAUUAUAAUAGGAGACCUGGAAACUGGUAAUUUUAAGACUGCAAGAUGGCUCAAAGCUACAGAAUUGACAAUAAACGUUUCCCAGGGCCUCACACUUAUUUUAUGUCGGAGUUGUUUGCCAGCAUGUGCUCAAAAAUAAAUUGGACAUGUCUGGCAUAUUUUCAUUUUCAAAAUUCUGAAUAAAAGAAGCAUAUGUGGCCUUUUGAAUUGUGUUGUCUUUUCAAUUCCUAUAUAGUGAUACACAUUUUAAAAAAUAAAUAAAUAAAGUCAGUAGAUGGAAAACAGAAAUGGGAUCAUCUGAUGGUGUUAUUUAGUGAACUAGCAAGUGUGGUUUAGCAAACCAUGAAAAUGAAAAGAUUUGAAAAGGUAGAAAUAUAAAAUAUGUUACUAGUUUAACCAUUUUUUCAUGGCAUAGAGUAUUUGAUGCCACAGAUUUUUAAAAUCUAUAAAGUGGAAAUAACGUUCAAGCUAUGUAUUAUGCUGAUACAUUAUUUUCAGGGCUUUUUGUUUACUCUCAAAACCUGAUCCCAUUCUGUGUUGCCUGGUAUCCUAUGGUCAGAUAAAUGACGAACUGCCAUAGGUUACAUUUGGACAUGCUGAUUUUUUCAUUACUUUUAUGUCCUACUGUACCUCUAAGAAACAAAUAUUUUAUACUUACAAGAUCCCUGUGAAGUAGAUUAGGUAACCUGAAUGAGGUCUCCAUAGUUUUUGUAUAGCAUUCCCUCCACCAAACCAGACUGUCUUUCUUAGUUUAGGAUGCCUUUUCCUCAUGGGAUUUAUUUGUCAGAGAAAUUACCAUUCUUUAACCAAGUGGUAACCCUUGUAUAGUAAUAGCAAACUUGUUCUCCAAGGAUGUAUUCUUACCUGGCUAAUGCAUCACCGUUCUCAUCUACAAAAGUGAGUGUCUCCGUAGAAUUUGGGGCAAAGGUGAACACAAGGUUUACCACAGUGCAACGAUUUUUUUGAGAAAAACGAACAAUUCACAAUAAAGACUGAACAUGCUUGGUCUGUUGGUUUGAGAAGAGUUACUAGUUGCGCUACCACAUUACACAGUUAUAAUAUAGUGGUUUCAUGUUAACUGCCAUCGGUUAAUCCAAUGGAAUCCUGAAAUCUGUGGUUUCAUGACAUAACUAGAAUUUUGUAUCACAGAGCCUUAGCCACCUAAACUACACAUCCCAGGAUCCUAAAGUAUGUAGCCUUGGAAGUUUAAAUGGUAUCAGAUAUAAAAAUCAUUUUGCAGUGUGAAAUGAUAUCAAGAGAAGGGUGAAUGGGGGAAAUGUGGAAGAUAUUUGGCUGGCUGGCUCAGUUCAAAAUGGUAUACAUCAGGUAUGGGCAAACUUUUUGUGGGCCUGGCUGAGAGGGUUGGGCUGGGCAGCGGGAGGGGGGGCAUUCAUAUGCUGGAUGGGGUGGUCCUGUAAGGGGUAGGGCCUGGGAGAGAGCGGGGCCAGGAGGUGGCAAGGCGAGGCCUGGGUCAUCCUCAGGUUGUCCUCCCAGUAUAAGGCCAGGGCUGCUUGCCUCAUCCUUAUGCUGGGAGGAAGGCACAGGAUACGUGGCGACUGCCCGGAUUCUUGGACAAUACAGGCAGUGGCUGAGAGUGCUCUGGAGGGCUCUCAGCCCCAAUGUACCUUCCUUGAGCUGUCCUCUUGGGAUAAGGAUAAGGCCACUCACACUGUCCUUAUGCCAGGAGGAGAGCGAGACACGCAGUGGCUGAGAGCACUCCAGAGGGCUCUCAGCUGCUGUGUGCCUUCCUUCCCCAUUUUUUUGGUAUAAGGUCACAGUGGGCCGACAUGUCCUUAUGCCAAAAGGACAGGGAAAAGGAGGAGGGCCUGAGGUAAGCACCCAGGGGGCCACAUCUGCCCCCCAGGCAUUAGUUUGCCCAUGCCUGGUGUACAUCAUUAAAUUCUUCUCCAAAGCAUCUCUGUGAGGUUUGUCAGGCUGAACUGGCCUUUGUGUUUGCUUUAAUUUUCAAUAGAUAAAUAAGUGAUGGUUGAAUCAGGUGAAAAAACACAGUGUUUCCUAGUCACUUACAAUCUACUACUAAUUCAGUAGAGCUUGGCUUGGCUAACAGUAAUGAACCUAUCAAGAGGAGAGUAGACAAAGUGUGGCCCAACAGGUGUCAUCCGUUGCUCCAUUACUUUUUUGUUGCAAAUAUAAGACUCAUACCAGCAACUCCCUAUGUUUGAGAAGGCUUGGAUUUUUUUUUGCCAAGAAAGGAAUAAUAGUGCUAUGACCCCGAGUACCCAAGGGGAUGUGACUUAUCAUUUUGCCAUAAUUGGUGGUAUUUUGAUUAUCUGUAAAAUUGUAGGCAUCUAGAAGCAAACUCCUGGCCUUUCUGCAAAUUAAGGUGACCUUCCUAUUUUAGUUGCUUUCUUUUUCUUUUUUUAAAAGAAAGUUUCCCAUAUGCUGAAGGAAGCUUUCUCGAAGCUUAAGAAAAGCGAGUAGAGGAACGUGGCAGCAUGCUGAAUGGUACCCCAAGCCUCAUUUUGUCCAUGGGGGAAAAUACCUUUUGAGAGAGGGUGCAGGCAUGACAUUGUGCAAUCCUCUAUUUUCCCAGGUAAAGGAGAACAACGCAACCCAUUCCCAUCUUAGCGGCUGUCUUCCUGUUUAGUUAACUGACAGGAUGAAAAAUAUAUUAAUACUGUGGCUUGUUUUGAUCCUUUAUGUACAUGUUUUGUAGGAUACUUAAUACUAAGUUCAUUAGAGCAAAAUCCCAGCCUCUAUUUCCUCUCUAGUUAGUCUGGCAAAGUAGCACCCUUCUGUGUUACAACUGCUUACCUCUUACAAACUUAGAUUUAUAGCUAUUAGGGGAGUCCCUGAGGAGGGGAGUGAAACUACACAUUUUCAAAGGAGCAUCAAAUUUUUAAUUGCAUAAAUAAGAUGCUGACUUAGGCAAGUGCUCAAUUUCACACCACUAAAGUAAAGGAUUCAUAAAGGGCUGGAUUUGCAUAAUUUAAUUUUGCACAGAAGAUACUGGAAAUCAAUAGCAUGAUUCAUAGCCGUACCAUAGAAUUGCCAUGCUGCCAUUCUUUGACUACUCAGGCUCCAAGUACAAAGGAUUUUACAAUUGAUUAAAUUUUGAGUGCUGACAGAGUGUUUUCUCCUCAGAAUCUAUAAAUGGUUUAAACCUGUUCGCUUUACCCUUGUGCCGUUGAAGAGUCUUGUGGAGCAGUUGUGACUAAGGAAUGAUUAGCCACUGCAUUUCCUUUUUGUCAAACAGGACAGAAAUAUGCCACCAUGCAUAUUUGAUGUUGGGUUUGUGUGUGUGUGUGUGUGUGUGUGUGUAUCAGAUCCCUUCAUGUUCCUUUGUGAUAAUGAUGGAAUGGCAGAGGGACAAAGUCUAUAUAGUGUCAAAUGUACAUCCAUGCUUUCCCUUACUUAAAUUAUCUCCCAAUUUAAGGGAUUCCUACCACUGUUUACCUUAAUAUGUUGGAUCAGUACUAUAAGUUACAGGCUGGAUCUACACUGUCAUAUAAUCCAGUUUCAGAAUGCAAAUUAACUGCAUUGAACUGGAUUGUAUGAGUCUAUACUGCCCUAUAAUCCAAUUUAAUGCAGUUCAUCUGAAUUCCAAAACUUGAUUAUAUAGCAGUGUAUAGCUACAGUUCUGAUGUUUAAAUGCAUUUUGGCCAAUAUAUUUUGUUCUUUGGUUUACUGGGGUUGGGUACAUUUUUCAAUGCUGUUAAAGCUUGAAGAAAACCAUAUGCCAGUAUACACUAUCCUUAUUUGAUUAAUUCCAGCACUCUUGGGUUUUAAUUGAGCAAUCUAGAGAAGUGGGGAAUAAAACUGAAUAGGAAGGACUUCUCCAUUCCCUAAGAAAUUUUAAGUAGUGACUUGUCUUUGCUGUAAUCAAGACUACUUAUAUUCUUAUGCUCCUCUGUGCACCCAGGGCUGAGUGAUAAACCAGCUACAAUGAAUGCAUUUUCUGCAGAUUGUUGUAGUGCAGUAGUUCUCAACCUGUGGGUCCACAGGUGUUUUGGCCUUCAAUUCUCAGAAAUCCCAGCCAGUUUACCAGCUGUUAAGAUUUUUAGGAGUUGAAGGCCAAAACAUCUAGGGAUCCACAGGUUGAGAAUCACUGUUAUAAUGUGACAAUAUGAACUAGAGACUUUGGUCCAUGUUGGCUGGUUGAUUGAAAGUGAUUGCAGUAACAAAUUCACAUAACAGAAAGUACAAAAUGAACCCUUUGUCCAUAGACCUGAUAUCCAUGGUUUCUGUUACUUUAGACCCAAAAAAAUACUCACUCCUGGAAGUGGUUCCUUAUGUUCUCCGAUGUUAUUCUGUAAUAUGCUUCUGGUCCAAAUAUAGUCAAAAUAUAGAAAUCACUGGUAUCUGUGUGUUUCUUGGGAGUAUAUUUCCAGCAGAUAACUGAGCCAUACUGUAUAUACUAUUCAAAUGCCCUCCACACAUGGAAACCAUUUGGAACAUCCUCAAGGUCUUGCUUGGUUGAAAGUCAUUGGAGUGCUUGGAUAUCCUGCUGCCUACUCUAUUCUGACAAGGCUAAACAUUAUUUGGAAAGGGUUCUCACAAUUAGUGUAUGGAAGAAUGCAGAUAAUGGACAUACUACUUGAGGAGGGUUGCAUUACCAUCGGUUUGAAAUAAGUAUUUUAGGUGGAAUGGUUUGGCCUACAUCCAACAAAACCAGCCCAGUUGAGUCAACUGUUGAAUGCCAAGUGAACAAUUGCAUAUAUUCCAUUGACACACUGAAUCUACUCUUGUUGGGUACUGCAAUUGGAUCUAAGUGUAAGAUUACUACAGACCUCAUGACAGCAGCAUACUCUAGUCUUUCUGGUCUCCACUCUUCGUUGGUUGCUCAGUUGCUCUCUGUAGCAGAAGCAAGAGGGGUGCCACACUGAUCAAGCUUUGAAUUAUUUAGCUCCUGUCUUCUUGGUUUUUUGAGGGGAGUUGGGGGAAGGAGUAGUCAAUACCUGAGCCUUCAAGUUGCCUGUUGAUUUGUGGUGACUUCAUCAAUUUCAUAGUUUCCCUAGGUGAGGAAAAUUCAGAGGUGGUUUGGCCUGUUUCCACCUCUGACAUAUCUGUAUAGUACUUGGAUGGAAGACUGCCAAUGAACACAAGCACUUUGUGUUCAUUGGCAGUCUUCCAUCCAAGUACUAACUAGGGCUGACCCUUUAUGGUUUGCAAGAACGGACAGGAUCUGGUGCCUUUAGAAUAAUCAAGCCUUUUUUUUAUAUAAAAGCAGUACUGGAGUCUUUGAAUAUUUACAUUCAGACUCCUGAUUUAACUAACAGAGAUGGCAAUUUCUUUUGAGUCAGGGUUAGCCCAGUCUGGUCCUCCAGGAUUAUGAUUUGCAAUUUAUUUUUAAUGAAAAGUAUUCUGUUUGGUUUAUGCUUAAUGUGGGCAGGAACUUCCACUGUGUAUGGCAUAUCAUGAAAGGGAGCUUCGUUCCUUUCUCAAGCAAUCUUUCUGGCAUUUUUGAAGUCCCACGUCUCCAAUUCUGCUCAGCCAAGUGUAUAGAAGCAAUAAACAAAGAUUUUCAUGCCUCUCACAAAACCAGGACAUUUAAAAGAAAGUAAGAAUGCAAAUAAAAUAAAAUAAAUAAAAUGUGUGGAACAGUAAUCUGGAUUGCUCUUUAAAAGUACAGUAUAGAAAGCCCCUCUCUCAUUAUUAUUCUUAAUAAGUCAAAUUCUACUAAUUUUUCUGGAAGUCAAAGUACAUUUCUUUUGUUUCGUAUUUGGUUUUUAUAGAAGGAGGUGUUAAGGAUCUGGUAAAUAUAAGUAGCUCAGUGGAGAGAUCCAUGUGUUUGGAUAGGGAGAAAGUGAAAACAUUGUUUUCUUGCUAAUCUAGUAUUGGGACAAAUUCCAAGCUGAAAAAGAACAAAACCAAAAUCUGGAGGGCUUUUUUGUUUCAAUGAAAAAAAAUGCUGACUUGAAGGUUGGGUUGCUGACCUGAAGGUUGCCGGUUUGAAUCCAACCCGGAGAGCGCGCGAAUUAGCUCCCUCUGUCAUCUCCAGCUCCAUGUGGGGACAUGAGAGAAGCUUGGGCAACGUCCUUGCAGACGGCCAAUUCUCUCGCACCAGAAGUGACUUGCAGUUUCUCAAGUCGCUCUUGACAUUAAAAAAAAUUAAUACUGUGAAACAUUAUUUUAUGUAUUAAAAAACCUGAAUAACCAUUCUUAAUAUUUAAAAUGUUUAAAUUGAUUUAAACUUUGCUUGCUGCCAUAGGAGGUUUGUGUACCAUGCCCUCUUUCAUGGUAGGUUGUAUUUUAUACACUAAAUUUGUAAGCAUGUGAAAGAAUUUAUGUAUACAAAUAGAUUCCUUGGUAGAAUGAAGAGGGUGUUAAUUGAUGGUGCACCUGUUCAGUGGUUUGGUCUGUAAUAGUCUUCUGAUUAGAAGACAUUGAAAACAACAUCAUCCUUACUUGCUAUUGGUUUCUUUUGCCAAAUCUAACAGGAACACUAUAGGCUUAUGGUAUAAUAAGCUGUUCUUGAAUUCUCCAUCUGAACUGUUGUCUUCAUACCCAAAUUAGACCCUGACACCUUCAGUAGGAGAAAAGUUGGGAAGAAAAAAAGUUUUUUUAACCAUCAGUAGUAUAACUGUCAAGAGGUAUAACUGUGAUUGUUUUGGAGGUGGGCCACUGUCCAGUGUUAUAACAUUAAUCUCAGAUGUUUUAAAUGUACUUUAUUUUGCUCAUUGUUUGUUCUUAGGGCUUGGCCCCGUUUUAGCCACCCCGGGUCCCUGCGGGCAGAUGGAGGUGGGAUAGAAAAAUAAAGUUAUUAUAAUUACAGUAGAGUGUCAGAACCCUGCUACUAGAGCCUGGAUGUGGCUCUGAGUUUCAGGGUCACUGACAUUGAUAAGACACCUGCGUCCCAGGACUCGGAGGAGAAACGGCUGAUGGACUUGGCGGGGAAUUUGCGCGGGGUUUUACUGAGCGGGAAGAGACUGUUCAAAUGAGGGGGAGGGUAUAUAAAGGAGGGUUGGCCGGAGCCUCCCAUUCUUGGCUUUUCUGAUGUUCAUGUUUCCUACAGUAAAAGUUCCUGGUGAUACCACAGAGAGUCUCGUGUGUUCAUUCAGGAGCGGCUGUGGUGAGCUGACACUAAGCCAAGAAAUACGGACACCAUCCCGCUGUAGCGGUGAGGUGUAACAUGCAAGUGGAGGAUGAAGAGCUCUUGGGCGCCGGAGGAGGAAGGUCGGAAAGGGCCACUCCCGAGACGGACGCUGAGUUCCACCAGCUGGCGGCCCUGGCGUCAUCCACCGCUUAUGCCCAGCCAAAUGGGGUAACCCAGAGGCGCGGAGUGGUGCGGGGAGAUAGCACCGGAGGAGAGGAAGGUUCACCUUCCCCAGGCCCGCAAAAGAUGGUGUUUCUGGAGGAGAGGAUGUCGGCGAUGGAGACCACCCUGGCAGUGAUGUCGAGGGCGAUGGAGCGCCUGGCGGUUUUGGCGGAGCCGGAGCGAGGAAGGGAACUCCGGGCUAGCUCAAUGUGGGACGUGAGCAUGGGAAGCAGCCAGGGCUUUGCAGACCUCCCAGCACCGAAGGGAAGGGAAAUGCGAAAGGAGCCCGGUGCCCGGCCCAAGAUCCAAACGAGCCUGACGCGGGUGGAGGAGAGUGACGACGAAGGGGAAAAGCCUCCGAGAAUCCCGGCUACGCUCCCAACUGAGACCCUGGUGCCCCUGGCGAAUGCCGGGCGUGGCACAGGACAAAGGGAAGCAGCAGCGGGGCCCACUGGCCCGCAAGGGGGCUUGCGACGGGCGGAGAAUUGGGGAUUGCCACCACAGGGACCCCUACCGAGACGAGAGGAACUAAGGAUCGAGUUUGGGGGAGAGUCCUCUGAACUGGAUUUUUUCCUGACCACGGUGAGGGGCUAUAUGGAGGACAAUGCCCACACUUUUAGAACGGAAUCCAGCCGGGUACGGGCCAUUGGUGCAGUGUUGAAGAGGGGAGCGGCCAGCUGGUACGUUCAACUACACGCGCGGCGCGACCCAUGUCUGGGGUCACUCCGACGCUUUAUGGGGGCCCUGGAGACCCGUUUCCGAGAUCCACUGGAGCAGAUCCGGGCGAGGGAGGAGUUGAAGACCGUCUCCCAGGGGCAGAGGUCGGUAUCUGAGUAUGCGGAGGAGUUCCAAUGCCUCGCUGAAAAGGUGCCGGAAUGGUCUGCAGUGACAAAGAUAGAACUCUUCAAAGAGGGGCUCAGGCGGGAGAUCCUCUCCUGGGCGGUGCAUCGUGAUGAGCCUGACACACUGCGCGGAUGGAUUCAGCUGGCGGGGCGCAUCGAGACAUCGCUGGCCCAGGCGAGGAGGCACCGAGGAGGGCUACAGCAGCGGCCGCAGAUGAAAGAGGGGAGCCGGAAGGAGGGAUCAACCCCAGCCGGGAGGAGAACGGUGCCGACAGGGAACGUGAGCACCAGCAGGAGGGGCUGCUUCGUGUGCGGCCGUUUGGGCCACAGGGCUGCCGAGUGCUGGCAGAGAAAAGGGGAAGGCGGAGGCCCGCCCAAACCAAGAGCCGUGGCAGGGAAACGCGCCGAGGAAGAACCACCGAUGAGGCACCACUCGGGGGGGUUGGACGAAGGGGAGGAGGACGCCAUGUCAGAACCCUGCUACUAGAGCCUGGAUGUGGCUCUGAGUUUCAGGGUCACUGACAUUGAUAAGACACCUGCGUCCCAGGACUCGGAGGAGAAACGGCUGAUGGACUUGGCGGGGAAUUUGCGCGGGGUUUUACUGAGCGGGAAGAGACUGUUCAAAUGAGGGGGAGGGUAUAUAAAGGAGGGUUGGCCGGAGCCUCCCAUUCUUGGCUUUUCUGAUGUUCAUGUUUCCUACAGUAAAAGUUCCUGGUGAUACCACA